AUGUACCUCUCGGUAGCACUGGCGGCGGAGGAGGCGGAGUUGGCGGCGGCGCUCGAGGAGAGCGCGAGGCUGGAGGAGGAGAGGCGGGCGGCGGAGGAGCAGGUGUCGUCCUCUUUGGCUGCAGAGAGGCCGCCUUUGAUGGAGGAGGAGGAGCCGCCGGCCGACUUCAUCUGCCCGAUCACGACCGAGGUCAUGGGCGACCCGGUGAUGGCAGCGGACGGGCAUGCUUACGAGCGGACGGCGAUCGAGCGCUGGCUCGCGACCAAGUCGACGAGCCCGAUGACGGGUGCGGAGCUCGAGAACACUGGCCUCUUCCCGCACCACAUGCUGCGCCGGCAGAUCCGAGAGUGGCGAGAGGCGUAG